AUGUAUAUCAAGGUCAAAGAGUUUCCAAACUGGGGAGAACCAACGUUGAUGGAACUAUGUUAUCGUAUCAAGCCAACUUUCUAUGUUGAUGGCACUCUCGUAGUCCGGGAGGGAGACCCAAUUAGCGAGAUUCUCUUCUUGCUGAAUGGUGAACUAUGGACAUACACCUCCAGGGCCACAGAUCAUUGCAACAACGACAAGGAUCAUUUGGUAGAUGGUGAUUUCUUUGGGAAAGAACUUGUCACUUGGGUUCAGGGCCUUCAGGCUGAUUCCUACACAUCCAGGCUCCCAGCCUCAACCAAAACAGUCAAGGCGCUUAAGAAUGUGGAGGCCUUUCUUCUUACUGCCUAUGACUUGAAGGAAAUAUUCAUUGAGCACAAGCAGCAGCAAGCAGAACCUGAGAUUAAUCCUGAAGGACAAUAG